AUGGUGGGUCGUAUGGUAAGAGGACCUGACUGGGACACUGAAUUGUAUGAAGAAGGAGGUGCUACUGUCAGGGAGCUUCUUAGCGAACUAUAUGGCAAAGUUGGUGAAAUUCGGCACUGGGGUCUGAUCCGAUACAUCUCUGGGAUCUUAAGGAAGAAGGUGGAAGCACUUGAUGAGGCCUGCACAGACCUUCUCUCAUACCAGAAACACCUGACGGUAGGACUUCCUCCAGAACCUCGCGAGAAGACAAUCUCUGCACCUCUACCAUAUGAGGCACUCACUAAGCUAAUAGACGAAGCCAGUGAAGGAGACAUGAGUAUUUCAAUCCUUACACAGGAAAUAAUGGUAUAUCUUGCCAUGUACAUGAGAACUCAGCCUGGCCUCUUUGCUGAAAUGUUCCGACUUCGAAUUGGUCUGAUCAUCCAAGUUAUGGCAACAGAACUGGCUCACUCUCUUCGAUGCUCAGCUGAAGAAGCCACAGAGGGCCUGAUGAAUCUGAGUCCUUCUGCCAUGAAGAACCUCCUGCACCACAUCCUCAGUGGCAAAGAGUUUGGAGUGGAACGAAGUGUUCGUCCCAUUGAUUCAAAUGUGAGUCCUGCUAUUUCCAUCCAUGAGAUCGGUGCUGUUGGAGCAACAAAAACAGAACGAACUGGAAUCAUGCAGUUAAAAAGUGAGAUAAAGCAGGUGGAAUUUCGUAGACUGUCUGUCUCUACUGAGAGUCAGACCAGUGGUGGUCAUCCCUCUGGUGUAGAUUUGAUGUCACCGUCCUUUCUG